AGUAAUGAUGGUAGUAGUAGUAGUAGUAGUGAUGGUAGUGGUAGUAGUGAUGAUGGUAGUAGUAGUAGUAAUGAUGACAGUAGUAGUAGUAAUAGUAAUGAUGAUGGUGGUAGUAGUAGUGAUGAUGGUGGUAGUAGUAGUAAUGAUGAUGGUGGUAGUAGUAAUGAUGGUAGUAGUAGUAGUAGUAAUGGUGAUAGUAGUAGUAGUGAUGAUGGUAGUAGUAGUAGUAAUGAUGGUAGUAGUAGUAAUGAUGGUAGUAGUAGUAGUAGUAGUGAUGGUAGUGGUAGUAGUGAUGAUGGUAGUAGUAGUAGUAAUGAUGACAGUAGUAGUAGUAAUAGUAAUGAUGAUGGUGGUAGUAGUAGUGAUGAUGGUGGUAGUAGUAGUGAUGAUGGUGGUAGUAGUAGUAAUGAUGAUGGUGGUAGUAGUAAUGAUGGUAGUAGUAGUAGUAGUAAUGGUGAUAGUGGUAGUAGUGAUGAUGGUAGUAAUAGUAGUAAUGAUGGUAGUAGUAGUAGUAGUAAUGAUGGUAGUAGUAGUAAUGAUGGUAGUAGUAGUAGUAGUAGUAGUGAUGGUAGUGGUAGUAGUGAUGAUGGUAGUAGUAGUAGUAAUGAUGACAGUAGUAGUCGUAAUAGUAAUGAUGAUGGUGGUAGUAGUAGUGAUGAUGGUGGUAGUAGUAGUAAUGAUGAUGGUGGUAGUAGUAAUGAUGGUAGUAGUAGUAGUAGUAAUGGUGAUAGUAGUAGUAGUAAUGAUGGU